GCGGAGCCCGGCCGGCACCCGGUGUGUGGCGCGCCAACAUGCAGCCGCGGCUCUGGCUCCUCCUAGCCGCGCAGCUCACAGCUCUCCAUCAGGUUGCUGGGUCCCUAAUAAUUCAGACAAGUCAAACAGCCACACUGAAGUGUGACAUCAGAGACGCCUCUGCUAACAUCCGCAUCUACUGGCUGAGACAGCCCCAGGCCCUGAAUGCCGCCAGUCGUCUAGAGUUCCUGGCCUCAUAUGAAGCCUCAAAAAAUACUGGGAAUGGCCAGAAGUAUGAGACAGGAAGCCUGAAUAUGUCUUGGACUGGGAAUUCACACACUCUCACGUUUACAAGUGCGACACCUGCUGACAGUGGUGUCUACUUCUGCAUGAUGGUCGGGAACCCCGAACUGAUCUUUGGGAACAGAAUUCAGCUGACUGUGGUUGACGUCCUCCCCACCACUGCCCGGCCCACCAAGAAGCCCAUAACCAAGAAGAUACCAUGCAAGCCGCCAAAAAUCCAGAAAGGCCCGCCUUGUGGCCCCAUCAUCCUUGGCCUGCUGGUAGCCGGCUUCCUGAUCCUGCUGGUGUCCUUGGGAGUGGCCAUACACCAGCACUGCCGGAGGAGGAGAGCCCGGCUUCGUUACAUAAAACAGUUUUGUAAAUGAGCAAAGACUGUGUUUUUGGUGUCUUGCUACAAAAAAGCGUUGGUCAGUGUUAUGAAAGUGAUCUGGAAAAAUGAGAGAUGGGAUAUAUUCAACCAUGGAAAUUCCAUUGAUCUGCUGAAACUGCCUGCUUUUAACUACUGCACAGUUCUUUCUGUGGGCCUUCUACAUGGGAGGAACUUUUUAGUUGAUCACCCGGAAUCUCAGAGAGAAAGUCUCAGAACCUCAGAGCACUUCCUACAAGAAAUGCUGCCCGUGACACCACUUCCGGCUCCUGUACUCACCCCAGGCCAGGCAGGGGCUUUUUGGUGGUGGCUGUCCGGCUCACAUCUUACAAGUUGCUUUGUCUCAGUAGGACAGUAUCCUUGAGUCCUGAACCCCUCAGGGGAUGGUGCUAGGUGGCUUCCCCCUCCCCACCUCCAUCUCCCCAGGAUGGGGUUAGUGCGCACCAAGAGCCUAUUUAAGAGACACCCCAGUUGGGAAUCAGGCUUCUGAAGAGGGGUUGACCAGCUCCCACAGUCAUUUCAGUCUGUGAGCACCUCCUGUGGGACCCAGAACCAGUGGUUUUUGGAACAAGAGGUCACUUCAUCUCCCAUUAACAUUCUGGGCUUCUCGUCUGCCUUCCCAUGGCUUGUAUAUUUCUUCUCUCACUUUCUGUUCUUUUUGUGAAACUGCCUUGGUUGUAAAAAUAAAGUCCUGAGUAAAAGAGACAAUGGCUCCUGUGAUGCGAAAGCAUGAAAACCUGUC